CUCUUUUCCCUCGUGGCUCUAGACGAGUAAGGUUCUUGAGGUGUUAAUAUUUUAUAAAAAAACCGAACCAUGGCGGAAGAAGUUCAGCAGCUUGUAAAAAGACGGACUUUCAAGAAGUUUACCUAUCGUGGAGUAGACCUUGAGCACUUGCUGAGCAUGAACAACGAACACCUCAAGGCCCUGCUCACAGCUCGGGCUCGCAGGAAAAUCGAGCGUGGACUGAAAAGGAAACACCUUGCGUUUCUCAAGAAACUGCGCAAGGUAAAGCAGGAGACUGCUGAACGCGAGAAGCCUGAUGUGGUCAAAACCCAUCUGCGUAACAUGCUGAUUAUUCCUGAAAUGGUUGGCUCUAUGGUCGGAGUCUACAACGGCAAGACCUUCAAUCAGGUUGAAAUCAAACCCGAUAUGAUCGGCCACUAUCUGGGCGAAUUCUCAAUCACGUAUAAGCCCGUCAAGCACGGUAGGCCCGGUAUUGGCGCCACCCACUCAUCCAGGUUCAUACCCCUUAAAUAAUUUAACGAAAUUUGGGGAAAGAAAACAAAUACAAUGGAUGUCAUGUUGUA